GUAGCCAUGUUUUUUUAAGACCAGAUCGCGUCGUUUAUUGGCAUUUCGCAAAGACUAUGGUAUUUUAUUAAAUAAAAUAUUAUUAAUUUAAAGACAUAAACGCUAAUUAAAUAACAGAAAAACUGUUUAAAGUGAUUUGCCGGGACUGUAAAGCAAUCAACGCUCAUUAAAAAUAAAAAAAAAGAAUUCAAGAAAUGGAGACAGCAGCGGCGUCUGCUGAAAUUGGUCCGGGGUCGGCCGGUGUAAUAGCUUCUCGUGGUCGUGGUGGUAAUACGGGUGCUCCGAUACGAGGUUCAUAUGAACGCGGUCGUGGAAGAGGUAUAAGUCGGGGGCAUUAUCAAAAUUCAAUGAAUUCUAUGGGUUACAUGGGGCGAGGCGGGUUUAAUAGCCGCGGGGGAAUUGCGGGAUCGGCGCCCGGACAUCAAUCUCGGGGCGGAUUUGCGCCCCGAGGCAUGCCAAUGCGUGGAGGAACAGGUCUCUCCGUUUCUGUUAACUUUCAGAGUCGAGGUGGUUUUAUACCUCGUGGUAGUGCAGGUAUUCGUGGAACGGGUCGUAUGCCAAUGUACACGCAAACCGCAAAACAACACUCCGGUGUUGAUAAUAAUAAAACAGUAUCUCCCAUGCCGAAUGCCACUGCUACUACUAAUGUUACGUCUGCGGAUGGUACCAUUCCAGAAUCAGGAGAGUCCUCGGUAAAUGCAGAAGCGAAUGCAAAUAUUUCAGUCGGUCCCGUCAUACCGUCGAACGCCAAUAACACUUCCACCGGAACUUAUACAAACUUUAGAGGAGGACGCGGUCGUGGUGGAUCAAUUUCUCGCGGAGGCAUGGGCCGCGGUGGUGUCCAUCAUUUGCAGCAUAAUAGUAAUUUGAGUACAAUGCAUGUAACCAAUACUAUGCAAGAACAUGGUCAAAUACGUCGUGGUGCACCUUCACGUGGUCGGGGAGGUUAUAUGGGUUCAGCGCCCAUGACUAGGCCACCUAUGCAUCAGCAACAUGUGGCCAAUACCCAAAUUGCAUCAGUACCAUCACUGAAACGCGGUGCGCCCACUGGUCCGCCUGGGCCGAAGCGUGGACGUUACGAGGGCAGCCCAUAUUCCCAAAGAGGAACAGCACCCAAAUAUCAUCAACCACAUCAUCAUAUGCAAACAAUGCAACAACAGGCUACCUACGGAGUCUCGCACCAGGCGACCACUCAUAUGCAAAGCCAUCAAGCAUAUGUUUCACAUGAUCAAUCGCAAGCAAUGGAUCCAUACGCACACCCAUAUGCUGUUUCGAAUACACAAACUUCAUAUAACGGUUACGGACAAAGUGCUGGUUACGUGUCACAUACAGCUCCGGCUCCUAUUCCUCAAACCAAUAACGGUUACGUUUCAGCUACAAACGAGUAUGAUCACUCGCAAUAUCAAGGCUAUAGUUCAUCUUAUGGUAGUCAGCAGGAUACCCGUUAUCAGUCUUACGGGCAGGAUUAUACACAACAAUAUGGAGCUCCGGCCGUUGAUUACAAUACGUCACAAGCCGAUUAUGCUCAUCACACUCAGCAAGCAUAUGACGAACGUGCCUAUGGCGGUUAUGAUACUCAAUCGUAUCAGCAAAACUAUGCAAACUCAACGGGAUAUUACUAAAAAUAUAUUAACGAAUGCAAUGAUAAUGUAAAGCGCAGUGCGUGCGAUCGCAAAAGAGAGAGAAUAAAUCAGUUUGCUGGCUGCAUUCACAACACAGUUUAUUAUUAAAUAUUAAAUGCGUAAAGAGAUUGUAGAUGCUCUUAACAUUAAAACUUGCAUGCACACAUACAUAUAUAAAUACAGCAACAGUUUUGACAAUGAAAAAAAAAAGAAAAAA